GAGUCGGAUCCGAGAAAGAAGGGGAAAGAGAUGAAACUUGACAGCAUGAGCGAGGGGAGUUUUCUCGCAGCCUCGUUUCUUUUCCUUUUUCUCGACCGCGUUCUGUGAGGCACUCUCCUGUCGUCUCUUCUCCCUUUGUAGCAGCUUGCCUUCUCGGAUAAUGUUAACCAGAGAGUGCAGACAAGAUUGACUGUUGUCGGUUUUCUCUGUGGCAUUCCGAUCCCCAGUGAAUUCUCAACACACUGGUACCUCGUCCUUUUUUUCAUGUGUGUUUGUCUCCUUUUCCUCUCUUCUGUUGCGCGAGUUUCUCCUGGUUGUCGCCCUUUUGUCUCUUCCCUCAUCUCCACUCAAGCUCCUCUCCUUUCAUCCUUUCCUCGGUUUCCUCUCUCCUCUCUCCGUUUGACGCCCUCCUCUUCUUCAUCAUUCACCGAAUCCUUUCCUCUCCCUCACCUUCCCCGCCGUCCUUUUUUCUCGCCACUCCCUCCCUGUCUCCUCUGCCUUUCUGUGUGACCCUCGCUCUCUCUUCAUAACUUCUCUUCGCAUCCUUCAAUCUGCUCUUCUCUCGCGUCCUCCUCAAAAUGGCUUCCGCAGCGUCUCUCCACCGCCUCUUCGCCCAGAGGGCUGUACAGACACUCCGAUGCUCUCGCGCCCCUGCAGCGAGCAGCUUGCGCUCUGCGUUUUUUGGAGAUUGUCUGAAGAAGGAAUUUCUCUCCCCUGUUUCUCAAGGCCCUCUGGAGAAAGUCAGCGGUCAAGCCUCUUGCCUCGUCGCCACACGCAGCGCCGCUGGCGGCGCCUACUACUGGGCGCGAGACCGAGCAGUGAACUACGAAGACGAAGCUGUCCAGGAGUGGAGAGAAAAAUUCAACAACCUCAAACCCUACAACGAUAAAGAACUACGUGCGUGGCGGCGAGUCUUUGAUUCGAUGGACCGGGACAGAGACGGCUUCAUCUCUCGCGCAGAUUUGCAGAAGACUCCGGAGUUCACUUUGGCCAAGGCUCAGAAGCUGAAAUACUACGACGCGGACAAAAACAACCUGAUUGACUUCGGCGAGUUCGUGGAGGCUUUGUACAACGUUGACAAAGAAAUGUUUCUUGAGUCUUUCGAGGGUUUCGAUCAGGUCGACAUUCAGCUGGAAUUCGACAAAUACGCCAUUGACGACAUGAGCCCGACGAAGAAACACAUUCCCGAAUCGCGGGUGAAGGAAAUGAUGCUCGAUCGCAAGUUCACCUGUGUCACGUCUCUGGACGCAAAGCGGCUCUUCCAGGAAAUGGACGUCAACAAAGACGGAGUCGUUGACUUGGCGGACUUUAAGGAGUGUGUCCAGCGACGAUGAGCUGUCGACGCAUGUAGAAGGACAGCUCGAGUUUUCUGGAGACAACGAGGGAAGCAUCGCAUCGUUUCUCGGACCCUUUGUAGAAGCAAACAAGGAAGAAAACCUCAUUAUUCAAGAGGGACAAGUUUAGCCCCGUCCUAGUGGGCGUCGACAUCGGAGAACAAUUGGGGGCUCUGACUUUUUGUGCUGCGUAGGCAAAUGCAUGAGAAAGGGCGUUCAGGCAAAUCUAGGAAAGACACGCGAGCAGAGAGGCUCAACAGACGAGGAGGGAGAAUGAGGAAAGAGGCACGAAAAAGCACGAGGAGAGAGCUGGAAACGAAAGAUGGAAGCAGAAAUGGAUAACUAGCGACUGCGGAGCACAACACAGUGGCUCGAUUUGUGCGAACGAAGUCGUGCGAAUGUGAGCACAAGUACGCUGGAGAGGUUUGGGAUGAAUGGGCAGGAUCUUGUCCAUUUUUCCCAAGGAAAGGGCGUAGUGCGCGUGUCGGGAUUUUGGAAAAAAACCGGAAACGAGGUCUGAUCAUUCAUUUCCAGCUUACCCUGAUCUGUCGAAUCACUGGAGUUCGCCGCACCGGGGUCCUUCUCUGCUUUUGGUUAGCCCUAGUAGGUCUCGAGCCUACAUUAAAACUGUGAAGGUCUGCUGAUUUUCUUGCACGGGCGUGGCGUCUAAAUGUGAACGCCCUCGGAGGUAGCAGCAGACGCGCACAUCUAGAAAGAAACCUGUGCAUUAUUGAACGGCAUCCAGUUUACUAGCGGUAAACAUUGAGUAACAGAUGCCAUGAUUCACCGAUGCCCCCGAUAGUACGGCUGGUCGCCGCUUCAAGUUGCGUGGAAUGCCGUACAGGCGCUUCCUGAGAACGACUGCAAAUCCACAGAACACAAAAAUCUGAUUGUCCUCAGAGUCCUGUGUUUCAAGAAGCCACACGGUACGUUAG